AUGUGUCGUGGUAAACGACAGCGGGUAUCGAGUGUAUCAUACCUGGUUACAAGUACAGCAUGGCUUCUCAGGGCUUUUGCCUCCUUGCUUCCCGAUGAGGGCGACAAAGCAAGAUGGCUGACAGCCUGCUCAAACCUUGUCACCCUGGCAACCCCCACAACUAGCCCCACCCCAUUCACAGAGAGUCACUCGCCCCUAGACAGCCUUAGGGAGAUUUUGGAGCACAACAGUGGGCGGAGCCAGACAGAUAGUGAGGCCCUGCCAUUGGUCAGGGAUGAGAGGGGCGAGGCCUUGAGAGUGAUUGACAGCAUGGGCAGUCUGGUGAAGAACCUUCUGCAUGAUUUGGAGAUACUUCUGAGCAGAUGGCUAGGGAGAGAUACAGCCAAUACUCUUAGUGACACCUUUGUGACGGACCUGCGGUCUUCGGGUUUGUGCUGGAUACGUCUUGGCCAUCUACAAGCAGUACUGUUAGCUCCCCAGGGACCAGUAGACCCAGCUGAGCAUCAUGCUAUCAGGCUUGGCUACAUCAAGGAAGAGAUCCUGGAAUUGGAGGCCGAAUUGAAAGUGAGGGGAAUGUCGUCCAAGUUCCUGACCGGGUCAUCUCUGUCAGAGCUUGGUCACCAGGAGAUCCAUCCACGCCUCCACGCCAUGCAGGAGAGGCUUGCAUUGCUAAGGGAGAUGGAGACGGAGCUCUCCAAGAGGAAUGCAUUCAGGCCACACCCACCACAGUUUGAUGACCUCAUCAGAGGUGUCCAGGUCUACCUGACCACCAGCGGCUCAUCCCAAACAAUCACGGACCUUCUCCAGAAGCACGUCGACGCCUUCCUCAACCCGGGGGAGAACACUGCCCUGUUGAGAGGCCGGCUUCACGCCUGGCAAGCCUCCCAGGAGAACUUCAUGGCCCGCAUCAGGGCGGAGUACCCCUCCUACCGGGACCUCUGGUUUGGGAUGGUGACGGGCGUGGCGGGUCUCUCCUAUGGGAUGCAGCUGCUCGCUCACUCUGUUCAGUGCCAGCAUCACAGGCAGCAUCUCCAGGAGGCCACUUUGCCAAGGCAACCAGAGCAGAUGACAUCCGCAGAGGAGUUGGUGGUCUGCAUCGCCGGCUUUCCAUCGGUCCAGCCAAGGUUUCCUUCCUGGCUCUCCCUGGCCGAGAGGCUGACCACAGUGAACGUCCACUCUCUACUUCAGAAGGUCUGGUCUGGAUGGUCAGUGGGGCAAGCCAAACAGGAACGGCUCAUGCACAGUAUCCUGAAGCUGGCUCUCCAUCACACCACGAACCAUACCACCCUCCACGGACAGCUCACACCCUCGACCCUUGACCUCUUGCAUGGCAUCAUGAAGUCCUUCGUGUCCCACUACCACCAGGCCGAGGAGGCAGCCAGACAGCGAGAGGACGAGGAGGCGAGCUUGUACAAGUUCAAGAGCCGUAGCCAUGGCGACGGGAUGACCGACGAGCAGCUGGAGGAGAAGGAGCUGAGGGAGAGUUUCCCGUCUUUUGAGAAGGAGUUUGCGGACAUCACAGCCGAACCAAGCCUCGAUGACCAGUCCAACCAAGAGGAUGACCCCUCGACCUCGGACCCUGACCCGACCGCUACCAGGCAGCUGGACACCACCACCAUGCGACUCCUUAGGGACACCCACGGUCAGAUGUUUACAGGGAUGGUCAAGAUCGGCUGGAUGAGGUCAAGGGACAGAGGGUCAAGUGUAGAUGUGGAUGUGAGGAACACGGCCAGGCUGGGCUAUGCCACUGCUGUGGAGCUCGUUCAUGAAACUCUUCCUUACAUGGCUCCUUGCAUCGACAAGCACCUGAUUGGUGCUCAUCUACUGAGAGUUCACGACCUCCAGGUUGCCAUAGCGACAGAGCAGUCCGAUGAAAAAUCCAAGCCCAUCAGAAAGGGCGACGACACUUCCAAGCCGUAUGACAUCUACCACGACCCCAACAUUCCAGAAUCAAUCCGGUGUAAACCGGUCCUGGAUGGUUUUAUGGAGAGGAUCAAGGGCCUACUUGUCGAGUGGCCAGAUCAUCCCACUCUGAAACAGCUUACCAUGCUGGUUGAGCGAAUCCAGUCAUUCAGUGUGGACAGUCCUCUGAUGAAGUUUGUGACGGGUCUGGAACUACUGCUAUCAAAAUCACAGGAGUGGGAGUCGAAUGCAAGCAGAGCCGUCUCAAUCCAGACCCACCUUGAAGAGAUCACUCAGACCAUCAUCAGAUGGAGGAAGCUAGAAUUGAAUUGCUGGGUAGCGAUGCUCGACAAUGUGACCUUCAAACACGCGGAGGGCUCCCUCAAGUGGUGGUUCCACAUGUAUCGCCUGAUCCAGACAUUCCUCACAAAAUCAGGAGGUGACAACCAUACACCGAAACCAAGCAGUGGGACCGAUGAUGAAAAACAGACACAGAAACCAAUCCAAGGGACUGAAGAUGAGAUUGGAGGACACGAUGGAGAAGGGGAAGACGGGACGACGAUCCCAGGAAUCGUCGCUAUCCUGCAGAAGCUGAUAGAGGGCGCCAGUUUGGGAGAGUUUACUGCCAGGCUUAAGAUGCUGCUUGCAUUCCAUGCUCAGACCGUUGCCUCGUUGCAGUCAACGGAAGAGACCUCAGAAUUGUCCUGCAUCCUGUGGAACAUGUACUGCUACUAUAGACAGUUCUUACCAGCAGUAACCAUGGAGAUUGAGAAUAAAAGGAAACCCAUUGAGAGGGAGUUGAAGGAUUUCGUCAAAAUUGCUAAAUGGAAUGACAUCAGCUUCUGGGCCAUGAAGCAAGCUGUGGAGAAAACACACAAGACUCUCAUCAAGUUUAGGAAGAAAUAUGAGGUCUGCCUGCAAGGUCCAGCAAGGGCCGUCUUCAUGGAUGAGAGAAUAGAAAUAUGCAAGCAGAAAGAUGACACAAAGACCAAGGAUAUCAUCUGGAAGGACGAAUGGAAGAUGGUUUUCGGUGAUGAGAAGUAUCAGGCGUACUUCACAACUCCAUCACCACCACCAGCAGUGCCUCAGGACACCGGUCUCAUUUUCAGGAUACCGGUCCUGUUUGACAGGAUGAGGAAGCACUGUUCCUCUCUGGUCUCCAAGCGGAACUACUCUGUCAUGUCCGAGACUCUGGAGGACUUUGUGGGAGAGAUUGUGACAUCCGUCAAGGAGCUCCAGGCCCUCGAGGUUACAAAGGAUGCAGAACCAGACAAGCAGAAAUCAGAGAUCAGACAUAUUCAUCAGAGGAAGAGGAAAGCUCUGUCAGAGCUCUUCAAAUACCUUACCUCAAUAGGGCUAUCCUACAAGAAGGGACUGAUCAGACUCAAUCAGACAGAGAAGAACCAACCAGACAGCUUCCUUUUCCUGCCUCCAGUCGACCUUCAGGCAACCUUCAAGUCAAGUGAUGCAUCACCUGAUCAGUGGCCAGUCUCCACCUCGCACAUUCCCGAGACGUGGGUAGCAUGCCAUGAGUAUUUCUUCCGAUGUCAGGCACGCAAGGCAGCCCUCAGAGAUGCUGUGGCUAAUCCUUCAAAGGAGCUUGGUGUGGGCAACAUUGAGAGAGUGAAAGGAUUUGCUGAACAUUUAUCUGACCUGACUGCAGACCAGAGGAGAGAGGUCGCUACCAUGGCAACAAGCAUCGCACAACUCAGGAACGUCUUGAAUGAGAUGGAACAUCUUCCCAAGAGCUCUUCCUCAGAUGGACCAGAUCACACCUGUCGCCUUCCACCGCAAGAAGAAUCAGCAGCGUGGAUCACCAGGUCAAAGGUCACCAUCGACCAAUCACUGCAGGCCACUCUCCAGUUCUCCGCCAUCUUAGACUGCUGUCCAGAGAAAGACGAGGUGGAUGGAGAGUCUAAGACCAAUGUCUCGAGUCCUGUUCCAGCGGAGAGCUUGACGAAGGCUGAUCAAUGCCACAAGGGUGACCCAGUGUGGCUGGAAAUCAAGACGAAUAUAAAGGUAUGCCAAGAUUCUCUAGAGGGAUUGAAAGCCUCUCUGGAUCCGUUUGCUCACCAUAUUGAACUAGCCAAGAUGAAGGAAUCAGUGACACUUAUUCCAUGUCAUAAGAUGCAUCUCUUUUUUAAUGUAUACAGGAAGAGCAUAGAAGUCUUGAAGCAGUGUCAAACCAGUUUCACCCAGGUAGCUGGAAGGCUAGGUCAGGCAGUAGGAGCAUUCACACUCCCAGGGACUGGUGAACAAACACAAGUUGUGCAGUCUGUUGUGUUCAUUGCACAGUGCAUCAGGAACUGGAGUGCAGAGUUUGAGACAUGGAACCAUUCUCUUGGAGAGGAGAUGCCACUUACAUCAGUUACUGAUAUGGCUACCACGUCGCUGAAUGUGAUGUCUGAUGCCGAACACAAGAUGGAGGAGACCAUAAGGUGCAUCUUACUUGGUGUCCAGUCUCUUGUGAAAGCAGACCAGACUAUCACGGCAGAGGAAGAAUCGGAUGUUAAAGAAGAGAAAGCAGAACAGAAAGAAGAUGGAGAAGAAAGUGACCUCGAUCUUGAAGGUCUUCUGGUCAAGAAGAUGGUGUCAGGAUUAUCACUUGACCAGAGGUUACUGGAGGUCAGCAAGGUCGUGACCUGUGGAGCUGACCUUCUGGCUAUCCUCUACAAUCUGAGGGAGCAGUGCAGAUCAGUGCAAGAUGAACAGAUCUUCAACCAAUGUUGCUCCCUGGCGACGAGCCUCAUUCCCAUGAUGCAGCAGUACCUUGGACUAGCCUGUGUGUUUCUCCAUCACAUGGUGGCAGCACACCGAGCAACAGGCAAACUACAGUCUGUGCUUCUCUCCAUCUUCACUGACCUAGCAUCUCAGGGCUUCUGUCUCCCUGCUGAGUACUCUGACGAGAUGGUAGGAGAGGGCGCUACAGAGUUUGAAGACAUCGAGGGCGGAGGUAUCGGUGAUGGGGAAGGCACCAAGGAUGUCAGCGAUCAGAUCGAGAAUGAAGACCAGGUACAAGAUACUAAGAUGCCUGGUGACAAAGAGAAGGAAGAGGAAGACUUUGAUGAGCAACCUGAUCUGAAGGACGAAGAACACGGCAUCGAGAUGUCUGAAGACUUUGAAGGGAAGUUACAUGAACAGGACCCAGCAGAAGGAGAACAAGACAAAGAUGAGAAAGAAAAUGAAGGAGAGGAGGAGUUGGACAAGCAGAUGGGGGAUGUGGAUGGACCGGAAUCCGACAAGCUGGAUGAGAGGAUGUGGGGAGAUGAAGAGGAGGAAGAAGAAGAUGAAGAGAAGAAGAACAAAGAGAAGGAUGAUGAGUUUGGAGACGGCAUGGAUGAGGAGGAGUCAAGGAUGGUUGCUCAGGAAGAAAAUCAAGGUGAUGCAGAGGGAGACGAUAAGGAGCAGAAGAAGGAGCAGAAAGAUAAUCCUGAAGAGCCCCCCGAUCCCAAUAAUCUUGAGCCACAGGAUGAGAGUGAAUUCAACGAUGAUGAGGUCGACCCCAGGAAAGCCAACGACCCGCCUCCAGCUCCUGUACCAGAUGACCUUGACCUUCCAGAUGACCUCACCAUGGAUACGGAUGAGAAGGUGGAGGAGGGGGAGGAGAACCAAGAAGAAUCGAAUCCUUUGGAUAUUGAGGAAGAGAGGUUCGAUGAGGCACCGAAGGAAGGUGAGGAAGAUCAAGAAGGUGACGGAGAAGGAAAAGACGAGGAAAAGAUGGAGACUGGAGAGAAGGAUGGUGAGGAGGAAGGUGCCAAACAAGAGGAGCCAGUUGCCAUGGAAACAAAUGAAGACGAGCAUCAGGAGGAUGGAGAUGGCGAUGAAGAGGGGAUGGGAGAAGAUAAGAAGGGAUUUGAAGAUAAGGAGGAGGGAGAUGAAAACAAAGAGAAUGAAGACGAGACUGCCGAUCAGGAUGAAGGUAUCGACUAUGCCCCAGACCAGUCCCACGACACAGACCAGCCUCCUGUAGGAUCUGAGGCCAUGGCUAGGUCCAAGGCUUCCAAGGACAUGGUCCCGGCCCCGGAGGAUGAGGACGCGACGAAGGAACAAGAAGAGAAGAAGGAAGAGGCAGGGAAAUCGGGAGAAGACCCUGAAGAAGAUAAGCACAAGUCAGGCACUGCCGAGUCUCGUCAAGACAAGAAAGGUCACGAGGGGUCAGCGACCUCAGAGGUCACAACCCAAGAGCAAAGUGCCCGUGAGGAGAGCCAGCAAAGCAACAAGCCCAGCCAGUCAGAUAGCAAGAGAAGCCUGGGUUCCACCCAGGAACGAUACAACAAACGUCUCAAGACCGUGGACGCCAGUGAGGAGAUGGAGAGGAAGGAUGGAGGCAAGGAGAAAGAAGAUGAAACAGAGAAAUCGGACCUCUACGAGCAUCUGGCCGACUCUGAGGCUCACCACGACGCCCAGACGAUGGAUGCUGCCACCGAGGACCAGAUGAAGGAGAAGGAGUCUGUUCCGGUGGCUGGAGAGGAGGGAGAUGAAGAGCUGGAAGAUGGAGACGAGGAGAAGAUGAAGGUGGAGGAGGAGAAGAAGGAAGAGGACCCGGCAGUCAGCGAUGAGCUCCCAUCCCAAACCCUCACUGCAACCUCCGACAGCUCCAAACUAGAAGCCGUGCCCACAGACGCCAACACGGACACCAAGGAAGAGGACCACACCUCUCCGGACGACGAUGCAGAGGAAGAUGUCGACGCCAUGGAAACAGAGGCGGAGGGAGAGAAGCUGACAGAGUCUACCAUCCACACCGUCAUGGAUCACCUGGGACUGGGGGGCGGGGCAGUCGGCAUGACGAUGGACCCGGAGGAGGUGGAGAAGCUACGGAGGGAGAUGGAGGAACAGUUGGCAUUGAUGAGUCGCCAUGGAGACGGAGAGGAUGAUGAGGCGGAGAAGAUGUGGCAGUCCUGUGAGUCAGUGACCUCAUCCCUCGCCAGGGAUCUAUGCGAGCAACUCAGACUGGUCCUAGAACCCACACAGGCAUCCAAACUCAGGGGAGAUUUCAGGACCGGUAAGCGUCUGAACAUGAGGAAGGUGAUACCGUACAUUGCUAGUGGGUUCCGCAAGGACAAGAUCUGGUUGAGGAGAACAAAGCCUAGCAAGAGACAGUACCAGAUCAUGCUGGCUGUGGAUGAUUCCUCCAGCAUGAAUGAUAAUAGAUCAAAGAGGCUCGCCUUUGAAUCACUGGCUGUAAUCAGCAAUGCCCUCACAUGGUUGGAAGCAGGACAGCUAGCAGUCUGCAGUUUUGGUGAGUCAGUGAAGCUCCUGCAUCCGUUCCAUGAUCAGUUUUCUGACCAAUCAGGAUCAAGUAUUCUCAGACAAUUCACAUUCUCCCAGAAGAAGACAAAAAUUGCUCAGCUCUUGAAGUAUGCCUCAGCGUCCAUGCUGACAGCUCGCUCCAUGCGGCCACUAGGGGGCGCUUCGGCGGGUCACCCUGAGACCUCUCAGCUGCUGGUGAUCGUGUCCGAUGGGAGGGGGCUCUUCCUGGAGGGGAUGGAGACGGUGAAGAACGCUGUGAGAGCUGCCAGGGAUGCCAACAUCUUCCUCAUGUUUGUGGUCAUUGACAACCCAGAAAACAAGGACUCCAUCUUGGAUAUCCGCGUCCCGAUCUUCAAGCAGGCAGGAGCGAUGCCGGAGAUUCAGUCCUACAUGGAACAUUUCCCUUUCCCCUUCUAUAUCAUUCUACGAAACAUCAGCGCUCUACCAGAGACAUUAAGCGAUGCCCUAAGGCAGUGGUUCGAGUUGGUGACUGCCACCGAUAAGAGUUGAUGAAAUAUCCUUCAGUCCAACAUGUAGGAAUUUGUGUUCUUUGUUUGUUUGUUUGUUUUAUUUCCGUAUAAAAAAGACAUCAUGCAUUCAGUAAAACAAUUACAAAUAGAAUUAUGAAUUACAAGAUAGCCCAUAUUCAGCGGUAUCGUUAUGAUGCCUCUGGUCUUCCAUGGAUCUUACUCUUAACCACGAAAUGAAAUGCCAAAGCUUUACAAGAAACAGCUAUUAAGUCAUAAGGUUCUAUAGAUUUGUAAUUGAUCAUGAUCACUUCUGCAUAUAAGAGGUUAUUAACCCUCUUGUAAUCAAUCUAGAGUAUGUAGAUACAUGUAAAUGUUUAUAUAUAUGUAUUGUAUCUUAAGGAACAUAAUGCUUAUGUUAUAUAUUGUUUAAUGUCGAGAUAUUUAUGGACCUAAUUGAACAUUUUUUUAUCCAUCUAUAAAUGUUCCUUUUAGUCAUAUACCUAAAGCACAGAGCAAACUAUACGAUCAUCCUGCGAUCCAAUUUUUCAAAGAAAUGGCAAUUAUAUUAGAUAUAGAAAGCUAAAGAUACAUCAUCAUUGUGAUGUAGGUUCCAAAUAUUGAUUUGAGUGCUAACAACUGGAAGUCUAAUGCAUUUAAUAUUUCUAUUCAGAAUAUAAUAUGAUUGCAGGGCCCUCAGGGAGAACGUUAUUAGUACUGAUGAGGCCACCCUGGGUAAACAAGACGUGCUAUUAUUAUUAUUUGUAUUAUUAUAAUUAUUACUUUGUACAGAUGUGCAU